AUUCAUUAAACAGAUAGACCAGAUUUCGUCGAAUCUUUCUCAAUCGCUCUAUAUAUAUAUGUAAAAAAUCAAUCCACACGCAGCUGGCUGUACGAGAGUUCAACUUUAAUUCAUCUGAUUUUGCGGAAUUAUUUGGCAUGGCUUCAAUGACGGCAAAGCAAUUGGCGGAAGAAUACGAAAAGGAUGUCAGUAAAGAAUUGUUCAAAUACGAAUGCCUUAAAGACCUAGACCUCUUUGUCCUUGACAAUUCAAUCCGCGAGAGCACGGUGGGGCAACUGAGAGGUCACACUAUCGAAAACAAGAGGGAUAUAUUCAACGAGGUUACAAAAUGCGGCUUCCGUCACCGAAUAGUGGCAAGCUACAACCACCAGAGAAGAGUAGACGACGGAUUCGUGAAGGAGCUGUUGGCCAAGGGCGAAGAUCCAGAAUUUCUCUGGGCGUUCAGUGAAGUCACCGAAGGCAUCAGUAGAAAGGUACCGGACCAAACAUCAAUUCCAGUCGGCCUCCUGAAAAUGAAGGAAGCUGGACUUCGAAAUGUAAUCUUUGAGAUAGAUCUUGGGAACUCUACCUACAACUUUGAGAAGUUCACCGUAGACGACAUGUGUCGCCUUGUAGAGAAGUGGGUAAAAUGGGUAAAAACCAAUUUAGGUUCGAGUUCCAAGGUCCUGGUUAAUUUCAGGGAUAUACCUGAUGUAAUGCCAUCACAAUCCAAGCGUGUGUUUCACGUUGUCGACUUCUUAGCCAGACUGAACCUGUUGUUUGGAAUAAUGUUUGAAGACCAACGAGGAAAAUCGCUGCCAGAAGAAUGCGCUACUUGGGCAAAGUUCAUUCGCAAGGUGAUGGACAGUGUCAACUGGAAAGGACAUCUGCUGGUUCACGUGCAUGAAAAGUUUGGUUACAUGGAUGCAACUGCAAUAGCGUCACUUAUGGCUGGCGCAAAUGGCAUAUGGGCGAGUGUGUGCACGGAAGGAGCGUCGAUAGGGAACGCUUCCUCUUGCGUGACGAUCAUCAACCUGGUUCGUCUCGGAAACAAGAAAGUCCUCAAGAUGUACAACUGCUCCUACCUGCGAAAAGCUGCCAUCAGAGUAACGGAAAUAACCACGGGGUCUCCACCGCACAAAAAUCAACCGAUAUUUGGUACUCGAGCGACAGAUUUCAUGUUCGAUUUGAAACCAGAAGAAUUCGAUCUUGCUAGUGUGUUCGGCGAAAAGGCUCCUGUUAGAAUCACGGAAUUGGCCUCACCGCAAAUGAUUCUUUCGAGACUUUCAGAGUUGUUUGGAAAAAGUACUGCAUUUACGCUGGAGAUAGCAUCCAAGAUGAAGGAAAUGAUUUUGGAGGAUCUUCGGAGCGGAAGGAAAGAGGAGUACAUGAGCAAAGUGGGGCUAGCUCUCUUGUUUGACAGAUCAGGUGGGUCACUGAAUGAAGAAAUGUGUGACAUCAUCGCUGCCGACGAGGCGAAGAACCCGUACGAAAAGCGACUUCUAGAAGAUAUCCGGCAGCGCUGGAACGAAUGGGACCUCCUUGAUGCCGAACAUAACGACGAAAAGCUGCAAUACGACUCCUUUUACAACGGCUUCUUGGCGCCGUACUUCUCUAGCUUGCGUUGUCAUGACACCAAACAGGCCUUGCAGGCAAUCGACAUGGACGCCAACGGAUAUGUUGACUGGAAGGAAUUCUUGGUGUACCUGAAAUGGGCCUUCCGCCAGUACCCGGAUGUUGAGGACGCAAACGAGCUUCUGGACGUGACGUUCCGGAAAGGGCUUAUUCCUGCUAUGAGGGAUGAACGUAUCCUCCUUAAAGGAAUAGAGGAUUGACGAGUAAUGAUAUUGGCGCACACUGUGUAUUGUAAAACGAACAUUUACGCUGUGAUGUUCACUGUCGCAUACUAAAUCGCUAUAAAUAUUCUUUAAAAAUAACCGAUUCUAUUUUAUCACUUUCUAUCAUUCAAUGACACGCACUUAUGUUAUGUAUAUUGUGUCUGCUUUAUUUCAAGGAGACCUAGGCUCAAACGCAACUAAGGUAACUUUCUUGGGAUCGCUACUUUUAAAGACUUCAAAUACCGCUUCGCUACUAGGAAAUGGACUAUUGAUUGGUUGAAAGACUCCAUGACUUUCGGUGAUUUGUCUCCCAUGAUUUGUUUAUGUUUUUUCAUUGUUGUAAUUGUACUCAUAAAUUAUUUCAAUUAUCUGUUUCAUGUGUACUUGUGUUGCUUUUGUCGUAUCGAAACAUGUAAUUAUUUUUUAUACUCCUUGCACAUGUGGAUUGUAAUUAACUUAAAGCGACACACAUUUGUUGUGUGAAAGUCACGGGAAUACAUAUUUGGCUGCAUGGUUAUAGUAUAAUAAUAUAAAAUGUGUGGUUCUAUUUACUAUUAUCAGUGAAACUAUUUUGAAAUCUAGCAAAUGGUUUCUGGCAAAAAUGGUUAUAAUGUUUUAUAACACCCAUGUACACCUCUCUAAUAUCAAGAGAUAGUCGUUGAGUGACCCGAAUCGACGCUGCCCUAAUUCGACGCAUUUUUUGUUUUGCCUCUGUUUGAUACAAAAGCGACAUCCGUUGACGUCAUACAAUAGCACAUGGAACUCUACGCACAAUUUAAUAUAGUUAUUGUUUGUUAUGUGGAAAAUAGCUGGUUAAAAGUAAGAUAUGGUUGAUCGGUUUGCAAUUGAUGGAUUUUUAUGUAUUUUACUAAAUGCAAAACUUUUGAUCACUUUACACCCAAUUGUCUUUGUUAAUAAGACCGUGGGAUAAUCGUCUGCAAAAGUUCACUAUUUCAUUCAUAAGUCACGUGACUACCAUUUGACAAAACAUCGUAUAAAUAGAUUAAUUUUCACUAUGAAAAAGGUGUACGCGUAAACUUUGAUUUGAAGUCCGGAUAUGUUUUUGGUUAUGCUGUAAUACAAUUUAACUAUAUGUAGCAAGUGUUUAUGUUGGUAAUUGCAUAUUAUGUUUAUUACUAAUUUUUAUUUAAUUAAUUAUAAGUGCAGGUUCCACAUAAGAAGUACAGGUUAUAUUCACAUAUCUUCCAUAAACACAGCUUAUGACAGGGUUGCUCACACAGGCCCCUAUUAAAACCACUGCAAGACAGUAUGGCAUCACACAAUUAAAAAUCUUAUUUGAUUUAAUUAAUUUCAGUUUCAUAUUACUUUUACAGCAAUUACAAAUUUAAGUACAACAACCAUGAGUUAAUAUUUUAUUCAUCCAGUCUCCACAGGAGUGAUAUUUACAUUGAAAUCAUGUAACCAAUCAGAUGCGUCGUUUUAGGGCACUCUCAACAGAUAUGGCCGCCGUUACAUAGACUUGGGUCAUUUCGUUUUUCAACGAAUUUUUGUUGAUAACACAAUCAAUUGAAUUUAAAAUGUGUAAAUAAAAGGUACAUGUGUAAUGAAAUAACAAAAUUAAUUACAUAAAUCCCUAUAUUGAGCAACAAAACUUCAACAAACUGCUUGUAUGCGUCGAAAUUGGGCACUCGAGGAUAUAAACUUCUUUCAGUCUCAGUCAUUAAAAUUACGAUGAACAAAUGCAUAAAACUGUCGUAACACAGAAGACACUACUAUAAAUAACGUGUUUGGAAUUAAUUAUAACAAUGUAAAGAACAUUUCUUUAAAUACAAGAUGAAUUUUACAAAGAUGUGUAUUUAUUUUCGUGCUCAAGUCGAAUUAGGAUAUCUGGUUACGGUUUCUUAUUUGUAUUGUGAUAUAAUGUGUUCUUUCGUCUCUUUUAUUGGAUGGUCUAUUUAAUGUAAAAACACUUCUGUGUGUUGCUUUUUGUUAAUUAUAAUUAUUAUUGAAUGAUUCAUUGAUAUUUAGUUUAGAAUUGCAUUUGUGAUAUUGGAUAUUGUUUAUAUGUACUGUUGCUGUUUUCAAAAAUAAUUUCUUAAUGUAUGUACAAAAUUCAUACUGUGAAUGCUGUAUGUGUGUAUUAUAACCUAAUAUAUAAGUUAAAAGCAUUAUUAGCUACUCAUAUCAAAUGUACUCGGAAUAAAAGUUUUAUCUGAAUG